AUGUGGCUGCCUUUUCGAUGCACUUCCAAGUACGUCCUCGCGUGCUUCGGUCGUCGGGUUUUCAGAUCUUAUUUCCACGUUUUGGGUCGAUGGAGAAGCAACAUAACGGCGUUUAUGCCGGAGGCUGCGGGGUUUGAAGGCGUGAAAGACCGCGCAGCGCUGCAGGAGUUCUCCGUCUCCAACAGUGAGCGCUUCUGGGCCGCUGCGGCGCGUCACAGACUGAGCUGGAUGAGUCCUUUUCACACCGUCCAGGACUGCGAUCUGAGCCGGGGGGAAAUCAAGUGGUUUGAGGGAGGACUGCUCAAUGUGUCCGUGAACUGCCUGGACCGCCAUGUGCACACCUGUCCUGAGAGGGUUGCCCUGAUCUGGGAGAAAGAUGAACCGGGGUCAGAGGUCAAGAUCACCUACAGACAGUUACUGGAGAUGACGUGUCGCCUGGGCAACCUGUUAAGGCGGCAUGGUGUGAGGAGAGGGGAUUGUGUGACCAUCUACAUGCCUCCCUGCCCUCUGGCCGUGGCGUCCAUGUUGGCCUGUGCCCGUAUCGGUGCAGCACACAACGUGGUGUUUGCAGGGUUCAGUGCCGAAGCCCUCGCAGAGCGAAUCAGAGAUGCCCAGUCCAGCAUCGUCAUCACGGUGAACCAGGGCGUCAGGGGCAGUAAGGUCACCGAACUGAAGAAGACAGUGGACACGGCCGUUCAGAGCUGCCCGACAGUACAGCAGGUGUUUGUUGCCAUGAGAACAGAGAAUCCAGUCGCUAUGACAGCCAAGGACGUAGCCAUGGAGAAGGAGAUGCUGAAGGAGGACGUGGUGUGUGAGCCAGCUGCCAUGCACAGUGAGGACGUCUUGUUCCUGCUUUAUACAUCAGGCAGCACAGGGAAGCCCAAAGGACUCGUCCACACUCAGGCUGGAUACCUGCUGUUUGUUGCACUCACACACAGGUAUGUCUUCAGCUACCAUGACGGAGAUGUGUUCGGCUGUGUGGCAGAUAUUGGGUGGAUAACAGGACACAGUUACAGUGUCUAUGGGCCUCUGGCCAAUGGAGGAACCACCGUCCUGUUUGAGAGCACUCCCCUUUACCCCGACCCAGGAAGGUACUGGGAGAUGGUUCAGAGACUUAAAAUAAACCAGUUUUAUGGGGCCCCCACAGCGAUCCGCCUGCUGCUCAAAUACGGAGACCAGUGGGUGCACAAAUACGACCGCUCCUCCCUCAAAACUCUCGGCUCUGUGGGCGAGCCCAUCAACACUGAAGCGUGGGAGUGGUACCACAGAGUGGUCGGGGAUGGACGCUGCCCUGUGGUGGACACCUGGUGGCAAACAGAGACAGGUGGCAUCUGCAUCACCCCAAGGCCAUCAGACCCAGAUGCAGAGAUUGUCCCGGGAAUGGCGAUGAGACCUUUCUUUGGCAUAAAGCCCGUGCUUAUGGACACCGAGGGAAAAGUGCUGACUUCUAACCCCACAGCAGGAGCUCUGUGUGUAGCGCGGCCUUGGCCUGGUAUGGCCCGAACUAUUCACAAUAACCACCAGAGAUUCAUCGAGACCUACUGUAUGCCGUAUCCUGGUUUUUUUUUUACUGGCGAUGGCGCCUAUCGCUCUAAGGAGGGGUAUUAUCAAAUCACUGGCCGCCUCGAUGAUGUCAUCAAUGUGAGCGGUCACAGGAUUGGGACAGCCGAGAUAGAGGAUGUAGUGAAUCAAUGCUCUGCGGUGGCUGAGUCUGCUGUUAUAGGAUACUCGCAUAACAUCAAAGGACAAGGUGUGUACGCCUUUGUGGUACUAAAAAAGGAUGUGGAUGUUCAAGAGGCGGACCUCUCCCGGCUUCUUAACGACAUGGUAUCCAAAAAGAUUGCAAAGUACGCCUGUCCAGACUUCAUCCAGUUCGUCCAGCGGCUGCCGAAGACGCGCUCGGGUAAGAUAAUGCGCCGGGUGCUGCGGAAAGUGGUGGAGCGAGAUACGAACGGGUUGGGUGACCUAACCACUCUGGAUGAUCCUGCAGCAGUUCAAGAGAUAAUUCAAGGUCACCGUGAGCUCUGUCUAAUACAACAACCAUGACUAAUGC